GGGAGUGACUGUUCUCUGUGGGGCCCGGGUCCAGCCAGAGGCCAGAGCCUUCCCCAGGCCAAGGGCAGACGGCCCCUCCAGGAGGGAGCCGGGAGAUUAGGCAGCUCCAUGGAGGUCCAGGUUUAGUUUGGGAGGGUCCACCAUGAAGAAGGGCAAGAGGAAGAAGCCGGAGGCCAGACGCCGCGGCUCCUCCUCCCAGCACACCAGCUCUGAGUCCACCUCUCAGCAGCUGAGCUCCGAGCCCAGCCCGCAGCAGCCGGGCUCCGGCUCCGCCCCGCAGCAGCCCAUCAAUGGACCAGCCCCUCAGCCCGGCCCUGAAUCCACCCCACAGCAGCCUGCGCCCCAGGCUCUCCCAGCUCCUGAAGUCAGCCACUCGGCUCAGGGCCCACUGCCUCCAGACACGGACACAAAAGCAGCCCCUCAAUCCAGGAAAACAGGGCCUCUGACUCGUGCGGGCCCGCGCCCCUUCUGUUCCUGUUCUGCUUGCCCUGGCAGCUCUGCUUGCUGGCGUCGUCUGGGCCUGUGCCACAGCCACAUCUUCGAUGUCCUUCUGCCUCGGGCCUGGCCCACCAUGCCAGGGAGAGGACUCCCAAACCUCCUCACCUUCUACAGGAGACCUUCAAGAAAGCCCUCCGUUCAUCGUAACGCGCGUGCUCCAAGUCCUCGGGACUGUUGCUGUGGCUCUGGGGGCCCUGGGAGCUGCCUACUACACCACUGAAUACUUGUGAUCAACCCCCAGGCCCGCGGCCCGGCAGAUCCAGUUUCCAUCAAGGAUCUCUCUUGUCACCAAAAUAGAA